AUGGACAUCUCUUCUCUGUGGCGCCUCGACACCCUUGUAGUGCAAUAUGAUCCUGACGGUAAACAUGGCACCCACAUAGCUCUGGAGGAGUUCGAACGCCAUGUCUCGAAGAAAGGAGGGCGCUACGAGGUUCCUGUCCUAAUUCUGGAGCCAGUUCUCGACGCCGGCCACAACAACUUCCCCGUUGCUAGGCAGAGGCUUUUGAUGCAGCUCCGACGCUUCAAGCAACAAGCAUAUCUCCUCGCCGAGUAUGACAAGACGAUCCAGACUUAUUUUGACGAAUGUCACGCCGAACGAGUUCCCGACAAAAACGUUCCCUUCAUGCCGAACACGUACUACAUGCCGCAUCAUGGAGUGAUUCGACGCGACGCAGUCACUACCAAACUCCGAGUUGCUUUCGAUGCAUCGUCUCAUGCUCCGGGUCAACCAGCCCUGAUUAUAGCGUGCUUAUCAAAGGCUCAAAAAAUGGAUGCUGAUUCAUUGAACCUGCUGCUCAACUUCAGGUUUCAUCCAUUCGUUAUUGUGGCUGACAUAAAGAAGGAGUACCUGCAGAUGGUCAUUCGGCGCGAGGGCAGAGAUGCACUCCCUUUUUUGUGGAUGGCGACGCAGCAUCAACCAUUGCCGCUAAUUCUCCAGUGA